AUGUGGAAGUGUGUCAUAUAUGAAGGUGCGAUCGGUGCCUUUCGCAAAGGUCGCUGCUCCAACCUCGCAUCCAACAUGUGCAUCAGACGCACAGAAGCCAUCCUGCGAGCAGCGGAUCUUUCCAUUUCGCUCAUAUAUAUUAACACCAGUAUCAACAUCGCCAACCCCAUCUCUCGUGGUAUCCUACCAGACUCCUCCACUCGUCUCCCAUUUCGAAUACCCAUUCCCGACAAACUCACUCCCUUCCUCACCUAUAACGCUCCUGAAGAGUGA